UUGAGAUCGAAAACUUUAAAUCGUACAAGGGUCGACAGAUUAUCGGACCAUUUCAGAGGUUCACCGCCAUCAUUGGACCCAAUGGCUCUGUUUCUUAGGGUUCUGGUGUUGCGGCCCCUGUGGAAAAAGCCAGGAUGCACCUUUUGGCAUUCAGUCCCCUCAACAUUGGUAGAUUUGUAUAUCCAGCUGUUCUAAAAAUGCCCUUGGUCGGACUACCUCCUGCCCCAUUCUUCAAGUCUACCUCUACGAGGUAAGUCAAAUCUCAUGGAUGCUAUCAGCUUUGUGCUAGGUGAAAAAACGAGCAAUCUGCGAGUAAAGACCCUGCGGGACCUAAUCCAUGGAGCUCCUGUGGGCAAGCCAGCUGCUAAUCGAGCUUUUGUCAGCAUGGUCUACUCUGAGGAGGGUGCUGAAGACCGCACCUUUGCCCGUGUCAUUGUAGGUGGCUCAUCUGAGUACAAGAUCAACAACAAAGUGGUUCAGCUACAUGAGUACAGUGAGGAAUUAGAGAAGCUGGGCAUUCUCAUCAAAGCUCGUAACUUCCUCGUCUUCCAGGGUGCUGUGGAAUCUAUUGCCAUGAAGAACCCUAAAGAGAGGACAGCUCUGUUUGAAGAGAUCAGUCGCUCUGGGGAGCUGGCCCAGGAAUAUGAUAAGCGAAAGAAGGAAAUGGUGAAGGCUGAAGAGGAUACGCAGUUUAAUUAUCAUCGUAAGAAAAACAUAGCAGCUGAACGCAAGGAGGCUAAACAAGAGAAAGAAGAGGCAGACCGCUACCAGCGCCUGAAGGAUGAGGUGGUACGAGCUCAGGUACAGCUGCAGCUGUUUAAGCUUUACCAUAAUGAAGUAGAAAUUGAAAAACUCAACAAGGAACUAGCCUCAAAGAACAAGGAAAUUGAGAAGGACAAGAAGCGUAUGGACAAGGUUGAGGAUGAGCUAAAAGAGAAGAAGAAGGAGCUGGGCAAAAUGAUGCGGGAGCAGCAGCAGAUUGAAAAGGAGAUCAAGGAGAAGGAUUCUGAGCUGAAUCAGAAGCGGCCUCAGUACAUUAAAGCCAAAGAAAAUACUUCCCACAAAAUCAAGAAAUUGGAAGCAGCCAAAAAGUCUCUGCAGAAUGCUCAGAAACACUAUAAGAAACGUAAAGGUGACAUGGAUGAGCUGGAGAAGGAAAUGCUGUCAGUGGAGAAGGCCCGGCAGGAGUUCGAGGAACGAAUGGAAGAGGAGAGUCAGAGUCAAGGCAGAGAUUUGACCCUGGAGGAAAAUCAGGUGAAGAAAUACCACCGGUUGAAAGAAGAAGCCAGCAAGAGAGCAGCUACUUUGGCCCAGGAACUAGAGAAGUUCAAUCGAGACCAGAAAGCUGACCAGGACCGUCUAGAUCUGGAAGAGCGGAAGAAAGUAGAAACAGAGGCCAAGAUCAAGCAAAAGCUGCGGGAGAUUGAAGAGAAUCAGAAGCGGAUUGAGAAGCUGGAGGAAUACAUCACCACUAGCAAGCAAUCCCUAGAGGAGCAGAAGAAGUUAGAAGGAGAGCUCACAGAGGAAGUGGAGAUGGCCAAGCGGCGGAUUGAUGAGAUCAAUAAGGAGCUGAACCAGGUGAUGGAGCAGUUGGGGGAUGCCCGUAUUGAUCGCCAGGAGAGUAGCCGCCAGCAGCGAAAGGCAGAGAUAAUGGAAAGCAUCAAGCGUCUUUACCCUGGCUCUGUGUAUGGCCGCCUCAUUGACCUCUGCCAGCCCACACAAAAGAAGUAUCAGAUUGCUGUGACCAAGGUUUUGGGCAAGAACAUGGAUGCCAUUAUUGUAGACUCAGAGAAGACAGGCCGGGAUUGUAUUCAGUAUAUCAAGGAGCAGCGUGGGGAGCCUGAGACCUUCUUGCCUCUUGACUACCUGGAGGUGAAACCUACAGAUGAGAAACUCCGGGAGCUGAAGGGGGCCAAGCUAGUGAUUGAUGUGAUUCGCUAUGAGCCACCUCACAUUAAAAAAGCUCUGCAGUAUGCUUGUGGCAAUGCCCUUGUCUGUGACAACGUGGAGGAUGCCCGCCGCAUUGCCUUUGGAGGGCAUCAGCGCCACAAGACAGUAGCAUUGGAUGGGACCCUGUUCCAGAAGUCAGGAGUCAUCUCUGGUGGGGCCAGUGACUUGAAGGCUAAAGCACGGCGCUGGGAUGAAAAAGCAGUAGACAAGUUGAAAGAGAAAAAGGAGCGGUUGACAGAGGAACUAAAAGAGCAGGUAAAGGCAAAACGGAAAGAGGCAGAACUGCGUCAGGUGCAGUCUCAGGCCCAUGGACUACAGAUGCGGCUCAAGUACUCACAGAGUGACCUAGAACAGACCAAGACACGGCAUCUGGCACUGAAUCUCCAGGAAAAGUCCAAGCUGGAGAGUGAGCUGGCCAACUUCGGACCUCGAAUUAAUGACAUCAAGCGGAUCAUCCAGAGCCGAGAGAGGGAAAUGAAAGACUUAAAGGAGAAGAUGAAUCAGGUGGAGGAUGAGGUGUUUGAAGAGUUUUGUCGAGAGAUUGGUGUACGCAAUAUCCGAGAAUUUGAGGAAGAGAAAGUGAAGCGGCAGAAUGAAAUUGCCAAAAAGCGUUUGGAGUUUGAGAAUCAGAAGACUCGUUUGGGCAUCCAGUUGGAUUUUGAAAAGAACCAACUGAAAGAAGACCAGGAUAAAGUACACAUGUGGGAGCAGACAGUGAAAAAAGAUGAAAAUGAGAUAGAAAAGCUUAAGAAGGAGGAGCAAAGACACAUGAAGAUCAUAGAUGAGACCAUGGCGCAGCUACAGGACCUGAAGAAUCAGCACCUGGCCAAGAAGUCAGAAGUGAAUGACAAGAAUCAUGAGAUGGAGGAGAUUCGGAAGAAACUAGGAGGUGCCAACAAGGAAAUGACCCAUUUACAGAAAGAGGUGACAGCCAUUGAAACUAAGCUUGAACAGAAGCGCAGUGACCGCCACAACUUGCUACAGGCGUGCAAGAUGCAGGACAUCAAGUUGCCACUCUCGAAGGGCACCAUGGAUGACAUUAGUCAGGAAGAGGGUAGCUCUCAGGGAGAGGAUUCAGUGAGUGGCUCUCAGAGAACUUCCAAUAUCUAUGCACGAGAGGCCCUCAUCGAGAUUGACUAUGGUGACCUUUGUGAGGAUCUCAAGGAUGCCCAGGCUGAGGAGGAGAUCAAACAGGAGAUGAACACACUGCAGCAGAAGCUAAAUGAGCAGCAAAGUGUCCUGCAGCGUAUUGCUGCCCCCAACAUGAAGGCCAUGGAAAAGCUGGAAAGUGUCCGAGACAAGUUCCAGGAAACCUCAGAUGAGUUUGAGGCAGCCCGAAAGCGAGCAAAGAAGGCCAAGCAGGCAUUUGAACAGAUUAAGAAGGAGCGCUUUGAUCGUUUCAAUGCUUGUUUUGAAUCUGUGGCUACCAACAUUGAUGAAAUCUAUAAGGCUCUGUCCCGCAACAGCAGUGCCCAGGCAUUCCUGGGCCCUGAGAACCCUGAGGAACCCUACUUAGAUGGCAUCAACUACAACUGUGUGGCUCCUGGCAAACGCUUCCGGCCUAUGGAUAACUUAUCAGGCGGGGAGAAGACAGUAGCAGCUCUAGCCCUGCUCUUUGCCAUCCAUAGCUACAAACCAGCCCCCUUCUUUGUCCUGGAUGAAAUUGAUGCUGCCUUGGAUAACACCAACAUUGGCAAGGUGGCAAAUUACAUCAAAGAGCAGUCGACUUGCAACUUCCAGGCCAUCGUCAUCUCUCUCAAGGAGGAGUUCUACACCAAGGCUGAGAGCCUCAUUGGAGUCUAUCCUGAGCAAGGGGACUGUGUGAUCAGCAAAGUCCUGACCUUCGAUCUCACCAAGUACCCAGAUGCCAACCCAAACCCCAAUGAACAGUAGCAGUAGUUCUGCCAUUCCAUCUUGUGUGGAUCCCAAACUGCCCCUCUUCUAAUCUCUGGAUGUUUAGUUCCCAACCUUCUUAUCCUCCCUAACCCUGUUUGGUGUAACCAUGGAAUUUAGGCACUGUUCUCGAGCACGAAGAGGAACAGAGGUUAUAUUAGGUCUGGAGCAAAAUUCCUGAGCUACAGGGGGCAUCCUGGUCUCUGGAAGGACGUGCUGAGCUGAGUUGAACUGAGCUGAACAGGGCUAUCAGUCCAUCCCCCUCCUAGACCCCACCUACCCCCUCACCCAUAAUCAUUAGUCCCUUGGGCCCUUUCCCCACUGUGUGUGUGUGUGUGUGUGUGUGUGCGUGCAUGUGUGCACAUGUGUGUUCACCUGUAUGCAUGUGGGUGUGUUUGCAAAAUAAUAAAAUCUAUUGGAGAUCUGUCUUAGAAGAAGCCUAGGCUGAAUUUGAUUCCAAAGAGAGCUUAGGAUGACAGCACCCCAGAGCGAGAUAAAGGUUCUGGGUCCCUCAUAGGAGUAUUAGGCUGUCACCAGAAAGUGCCCUCAUUCACUCAUUUGUUGUACUUGUUCAUGUAUUUAGCAGAUAUAUACUGAACCCUUUUAUUUGUCAAACUCUAUGCUAAGAAUACUGAGUUGAAUCUGACAUCUCUGUCCUAAUAGGAAAUGCAGUGGGUUUGUGAAUUACUACAAUUAGCCAAGUAUCUUAAGUACUUUAAAUAUGAGAAGAGGAUGAUCUCCAGGCUUUCCUGGAGAAUGUCACAUUUGAGGUGGACCUUGAUAAACUGGUAGGAUUUAGUCAGGCACUAGGAGCUGAGAGCAUGGGCUCUGGGGACAGACAAUUAUGGGUUCUGGUCCCAUUUUUUAUCACUUACUAGUAGUCUGACACUGGGCAAAUCAUUUGGCCUUUCCGUGCCUCAGUUCCCUCAUCUAUAAACAUGGGGCUAACAGUAUUACCUACCUCAUAGGAUUUAAUGUCAAGCUCCCUUCUGGAGCCUUAUCCAUGGGUAGAACCCACUAGGUGCCAACCCCUUAGAAUACAAGCUUUCCCAGGCCUGGACCCCUGAAGACUUCUGAUCUCAGCUUUUAGGAACAGAACGGACCUCCAAAUCUGGGAGGUACCGAAAGGCUGUGAUUACUGGGAAAGUUUCAGGGCACUGAUGGGGUUUCCCUGAUAAAUGAAGAGCUUUAGAAAGCCUAUAGCUUCAACUAUGUUCCUAACGAGGUACCUAGACCCCAACAUGGGAUGUGAGGAACUAGAGGGAAAGGUCACCUGGGCCGUAUCCCAGCCUAGCAUGUGUGGGUCGUAUUGGGAACUACCCUUGUUAGCUUCAAGGACUGUGCAGAGCUAACAAAGCGUAGCGCGAUGAGUUCAGCCUUCAGUCAUUCCCACACAUCAUUACACUUGUCUUAUAUUAAUCUGUGUGGUUGUUGUUUUGUUUGCUUUUUAAGAGUUAAAUCAGGGCUGGUGAUAUAGCUCAGUGAUAGAGCCCAUGCUUAGCAUGUGCAAGGCCCUGGGUUCCAUCCCCAGCACUGCCAAAAAAGUUCUGAUUAUUCAAGUAAUGCAUGAAUCCCGUCUUUUUGAGAUAUUAGGUUAUAGAUAAAGGUAGUCUCAUUCAGUUACCAACUUCUCCCCCUGCUCCUUUCCCUCUUAACUGCUAUUCUGUUUAUUGUACUUCCAUCUAGACUUUGUUUUAAUAGUUUUACGUACAUAUAUAAAUUCACUGAGAAUGUUUUGUAUCUAAUGCAAAUGUUAUAUUCUCCAGUUUGCUUUCUUUACUGAAUGUUUUGAGAGAUCUGUGCAUGUUCCUUCAGUGUAAAUCAAUCCAUGCUCUGUAAUUGUAAUUGCCGCCAUGUGCAUCUACCACAUUUUACUUCCCAUUUCUCUUGUGGUGGACAUUUAAGACUUUUCAGUUUUUGCUAUUAUAAAAUAGUACAUAGGAGCACCCCUAUAUCUGUGUGAAAGUGUGUGUGUGUGCGUGCACGUGCGUGUGUGAAAAUUUACCUAGGGGUGAUUCCUAGAAGUGGAAUUGCAGAGUCAUAGGACAUUUAUGUAUGUUUUUAAUAGGUGUUUCCCAGUUGUCCUCUUGUACUAUUUACUCGGUUUUUUUCUUGACGUAAUCUGAGGUCUAACAUUGUUAAAAGUUUAUCUUAAGUAGUGAUAUUCAUGAAGUCAUAGAUUUGAUGUGCUAAUUAUGUAUUUUUCUAAUACAUAUUAAAAGGCAUGACUAUCUAAACAAGAA